AUACCGGUAUCGGUUGGGAAUGAUUAUAACGUAUGUCAUGCAUAAGGGUAUUUAAAAGAAUUUAGUUGGGAUUCUUUCUGUAUGGAGCAGAAAUCAUAAUUGGAUAAAAAUAUUUAGAUAUAAAAAUGACUCAGAUAAGACGCAUGUUCCUUUUAUCAAUCAUGAUAAUAUCAGUAAUUGGGAACCAAUCAAUGUCUUGUACGUACAGAAGGAAUAUAAAACAUAAGCUGAUUGCUCAUUGUGAAAAUCAAGGUUUUACUUCUGUGCCAAGGAAUCUUAGUCGAGAUAUUAAUGAGUUACUUCUUUCAAAUAACUUGAUACGCAAGCUCCAAAACGAUUCAUUCGUCCAUUAUGCGAAAAUGGAAAUCUUGAUCUUGAGCAAGAAUCUAAUAUCUGAAAUCCAGGAGGAUGCUUUUGCUGGACUGCAUUUGCUUAAAGUUUUGAAGGUAAAUGAUAAUUUGAUUUACAUCACAAUUCUUCCAAAGGGAGUUUUCGGACAUCUUAUUUAUCUUAUUGAUCUGGAUAUAAGUCGAAAUAACAAGCCAUUGAACAAAAACACUACGUUUGUGUAUCCUGAUGGUGCAUUUUCUACAUUGCGUUCCUUGCAAAAUCUUUCAAUUGAUUUAUUCAUGUUCCCUGAAUUUGGAGCAGGAUUUAGUUCCCUUCAAAACCUUACUGUUUUGAAAUUUGUUCGAUGUUAUUUAAGAAAUAGCAGCGGAUUUCGGCUAUUGAAUUCAACAUUUAAACAUUUCUCAUCAAACCUGAAAGAAGUCUAUAUCAGCGGCUGUCGCCAUUUUUUUCUACUCGAAGAUGGAUUGUUGGAAUUCUUUCCUCAAUUAAAAAUUUUAGAUCUGUCCGAAUCAUACGUACACUUGUAUCAAGCAUUACGUAUUCUUCAUCCGUUUCAGAAUAAGAACAUGUCCGUUAUAAACUUUCACCACAUAAGUGAUAGUUCAAUCAAUGAAGACGAUUACCCGUACUCUGUUGUUAUAACAGUAGAAUUAAUAAAAUAUUUAAGAACUAUCUGUAUUGAAGCAUUGGACUUGUCGAAAACAGGAAUCGUAGAUUACCAGCAAAAUUCGCUGUUUUCGUUUGAACAUCCAGCAUGUUUCAAAACUUUCAUUAUAUCCGCUAAUAGACUACCUGCAACGACUACAUAUUCCAAUCAAGUCUAUAAUUUUUUCAUAAACGCUAUUAACAUGAAGGUUUACGAUUGUUCAUACCUGACUAUAGAUUAUGCUCAUCCUGUCUAUAUAAACGUAUACCACACGGAAGAUUUUUAUCAUUUUCCAAAAAGUACGAAAUAUUUUCAAAUUCCUCCGCGUUGGGACAUAAACUAUAGCCUUCCAGCAUCAAUAGAAUUUCUUAGAUUUACUCAUAUACAAAUCGCCCCUUCUUCAGCUCAUAUAAUAUGUACCAACACAUCGCUUAAAUAUCUAGAUGUAUCAUUUGGUGUUUACCAACGUUAUCCAGAUUUGGCUGAAGACUGUGGAAAGCAGCUUGAAUAUUUGGACAUUUCUGGAAUUCCAGUAGCAUUUAUUACAUUUCCAUCAAUAUUUUUGCCAAAACUCUCCAUACUAAAAAUGACGAAUGCACGCAUCGACCAAAUUGUACUUAAAGGUAAAAAAUGGAUGUCUUUUCGAGCUCCUGAGUUGAGAGAAGUAGACAUAUCUUUUAAUAGUAUUUGGACGUUGGGGGAAACAACAUCCUUCGAGCAGCCACAUAUAACGCAUUUAAAUAUGUCAAAUAACCUAUUCAGGACCAUUCCUACGUUUGUUACAAAGCUUCAAAAGUUAGAAUUUUUGGACCUUUCCAAUAAUUUGAUUACUUCUAUUGACGAUAACGUAAGGCUUUGGUUGGAUAAAAUGGUCCAUUCAAAUCGUUUUCCUAUCCUAAAUUUGGAUAACAAUGCUUUUAUUUGCUCGUGUGACACUCUGGAUUUUCUCCAGUGGUUUGAAAAUACAAACGUAACAUUUUAUAACGGAGGUAAUUAUACCUGUAUCAUGUCAAAAAACAAGCAGCAAAUCCGAUUAAGGGAAGUAUCAAACAAUACAAAGAAGUACUUCGCAGACUGCAAAGCAACUGUAUGGCUUUAUGUUGGUAUAGCACUGGUUGCUAGUGCCUUUGGUAUUUUCGUACCUCUUUCCCUUCUUUAUAACUAUAGAUGGAAUAUCAUUCUUUACAUGUAUAGGAAAGUCCGGCGUGUUGUUGAGAAAAAUUUACACGAAAACUAUAUGUACGACGCAUAUGUUUCCUAUGAAGACCGAAGCGUAGCGUGGAUACAAAAGUUUCUUCUACCAAAAAUUGAAGAUGAUUGGGGACUUAAAGUGUUCUUACAUGAUCGAGACCUUCUUCCUGGAGAUCUUACUGCAGAUGCAAAAGCAGAAUCAAUUCAGCAAAGUAGGCAUGUUGUUUUCAUCAUAACUGAACAUUUUACGGAAGGAAAGUGGGGUAGAUUCGAAAUAGAAAGAGCAAAGUAUGAAAAAUAUACUACAAACCUGAGAAAAAUAAUUGUCAUUUUACAAAAUAUUCGAAUCAAGGAUAUUCCAGACGAAAUUGUAAAUAUUUCAAAUGAUGUAUGUUUCAUUGAAAUGGCUUUGGACGAAAACGAAACUGGUAACCGUACAGAUAAUCAAAGUCAUUGGCUUAAGCUAAAGUCUCUGCUUUAUCUAAGUUAGAAAAUAUGAAUGUUUGGUGAACAAAAAAAUAAAAAUUUUCAGAGUAAAAUUAAAAAAUGUAAUAAAAUCAUAGGAGAUAUAUUGGGUUACUGAAAAACAUAUUUUGAAUAAAGUCAGACACAAAAAAAGACAAACAAAAAACUUUUAAACCGAAAAAUUAAGUUUGAGCUACACUAACCCUUCAAAAACUGUGGAUGUAUUCAUAUGAUUCCUAAUUGUAAGCAGAUUCUGCACAACAGGUUGCAAUUGUCGUGUUGUUAUUAAGACGUGUAAUUUGCGACGACAAGUGUCAUUCGGUGAUGUAAUAUUCAUAAAUUGAGGACUGAAUUGUGGCUUCUAAGAAUUGCAGAAAUAUAUAAUUAUUUUGAGCAUUUGGUAAACAAAAACUUGUAAAUGUAUCUGACAAUACAAAUUCAACUAGCUUUAUCAAAUUGCUUAGGAAAAUGUCAAUACGUGGAUGUAACCAGGUGCGCGAAGUAUGUAAGCAGUUCAUGCUCUACUAGUGGUUAUUUUGAUGUCGCUCAAGACAUAUUUAACAUAUUGACCCAUCUGCAGUCGUUGCUGAUACAUGUUUUCUAAAGCUGCCAAACCAGAUAUGUAGAGUCCGUAUAUAUAUAUUGUCCAGAAACUAACCAACGAAAUACAGAAAGGUUUAUCAUUUUGGUUGUAUUUACACAACAGUGUAAAAAUCAGGAAAACAAAGUAUUGGAAGAUCGCAAAAGAUCUUAGACUUUAAACUACUUUUGUACGAUCAACGAGAAAUAGUCAACCAAAGAACACAAACUAGCUCUAAAACACUCAUCUCUAAUUUCCUUUGUCUAUAAAAAAAAAUAGAUGUCUGUGGAUAGAUGGUCUUUGACAAAGAUGAAAUCACAUUCAAUUAAUUUGUUAGCAACAUUUUGAUACAUACAUACUGUCCUAGCUAGUUGGCUGAUGCAAAAAUGUGUAACAGAAUUAUUAAAUAGGUUUUUAUCACUCUC